UGAGAGUGUGCUAUUGGAGAAAGGAAUUGCGCAAGCAAGAAAAAGGCAGAUAUAUCAUACCCAGUCUGCCUGGAAGGCAGCCAAUGUUGGUUUUGCGAACUAGUCAAGGCACCCAAGCCCCAGAGGGCGAACUGAGACCCAUGCUGCGGUGGGUCAUCUGAUGAGCAAUGCUGCCAGACUUGCCCCCGGCUCCGAAGCCGUCAAGGUGGCCUCAAUGUUUGGGGAGGAGUCACAGAGUGCUCGAUGAAACGGGCAAUGGGAGGCAUGACUGGGCGGGAGCGCUUGCAGCCUGGCACAGCCGCACUCCCGCCUGGGUGCUCUUGCGCCUCGCAACGUUCGCGGCAAAUGGGACAUCAACACAGCACGACGUUGCAUCCGCAAGGCUCGACACUGACCCUCAAGACAUCUAUCCAAGAGCAUGUCUCGUUGCGUGCUGCCGAUAUUUUCGCUCUGUUCUGUCAACGCGAAUAAGGGUGAGCCGUCGACACCAAGACCGAGUCGCUCCGCCAAGUCCUCACUGCGCUAGGCGAACUUAAGCCACCGUCCGCAGCUGCAUGACCUUACCGGGUGUGUGCCCAUGCACGUAAUGCUUGCGCG